AUGGCCGCGCCAUCGAGCAAGCCUGCCCAUGCGGUCAAGGCGACCGUUUCUCCCACUCCGACCAACAGCGUCUCCGCGAGAUUGGAGAAAAGCUAUCCGGGUGUGCGCCGGUCGACUCCUGACUCCGAGGCCCUGGCAUCUUCCGACGACGACGGAGAGCAGCCGCACUUUAACCAGACCGCGACCGCCGCUCUUUUCGCGGCCAAACCUGCCAGACGCACCUCCUGGCUGAACGAGGUGCCCUUGGCGCUUUCCAAGAAGACCUCCAUGUCCGCUACCGGCCCGCUCUCCGCCGGAGGCGGCUCUAACCCGACCAGUCCCGCCAUCGAACAGCCCAGCUGGCUGACCACCAGUUCCGGCAUGGGUAGUGCUGGCGCCGGAUCCGUUGCCUGGGCACCUGGAGCCAACAGUUCGUUUUCCUGGGGCUCGGGCAUCUGGAACAGUGAGUCGCGCAAAGAGCCUCCCCCGCGCCUGGCGGAGCUCGUGCCCUCCCCCACUAUGACCAGCGCCCAGAUGGUGAAUAACAACCACCACCACCACCACCACCACCACCACCUCGCAGAGGAGAUGAUGAGCCCAACCAGCCGCACCUUCUCCGGCGAACCCGCCAUCCCUUUCUCUAUUCCCCUUCAUCCCACCCCCAAAACUUACCGCUCCCAAUCCUACUCCGUCGGCCAGAUGGACCCAGAGUUUCUCAACCUCAUGGCCACCAAGGCACCAAACGCCCCAUAUCCCCCCCCAACUGCCGCCGGCGCCCGCUCCCGAGGUGGCAACCAGUUCUCAGCGCUCCAGCACCGUUCAUCGCGCCCCAGUCUACUCGGAGAGUUGGGCCACGAUCCCGCCAUGCUCGGCCGCGUGCGCGAAGAUGACAACGGCGACGAUGAGGAAGGGGGCAGCGCCAAUGGCUCGGAUGGAAGUCUGAAUUACAGUGCUCAUCAGGCCCGCACUAUCGAACAACUCUCUCGGGAGAACGCGCUCCUCCGCCAAGCCGCUGGACAGAUGGAUAGCCGCCUGCGGGACCGCGCCAUGUCCUCCACUUCGGUUAACAGUGGCUACCCUCUCGCCAGCGUGGGUGGUGGUGCCCCUGCUCCCGCCGCCGCGAAUCGGAUUCGCGGUAGUCUCCUGGAAGAAACUGAUCUUGCAGUUGAAGACCUCGACGAACUAGGCGACAUCCCCGGAUACGGCAACAUCCGAAGCGGCACCCGUCGCCGUCUCUCGGAGCACUCCUCCAACCUAGAAAAACAGUUCCCCACCUCUCUGACUUCCCUCGAAAACCGUACCCUGGAGAACGUCAAGAAGGCCCAUUGGCAGACAUCCCUGGGGUUCAGUGGCGUCGCCGACCUGCCCCAGAGCCGUCGCCAUUCAUUCGCCGAUAUCCCCGUCCGCCACCCCUCGAUCAGCGCCCCGAACGAUGCGCAGGUGAGUCUGGCCCCACGCUCCGGCCUGGCCGAGCAUGAGGAGGCAUAUGCCACGCCCAUCGGGGAAGGUCCCCUCGUGAGCCCCGGUUCAAACCGUGAGUACGACACUUUUCUUACCCUUGGUCCCCUGGAAGAACUCAGAAUGAAAUUGGAUCGUUUACACGUCCGGAUGUUUGCAGAGAACUACUUUUCCCCCGAACAAGUCCUCCGCGCCGCCGCCGCGGCGCAGGCGGCCUCCGAGAACAACAGCAGUAACAACAACACCACCACCGCCACCACCGCCAACAACAGCAACAACCCCUUGCACCCGGCCUACGCCAUGGCCCCCCACCCCUACGGUCGCCCCCAGUCAGGCCUGCUUCACUCCCACCAGAACCAACUUCUGUACAUCGUCACCUUCAAGUGCCACCGCGCCGAUGUUUUCUACAUUCAGGAGGACACCGGGCUGCAGGUCAAGGCAGGCGACCUGGUGAUCGUCGAGGCCGAUCGCGGCACCGACCUGGGGACUGUCCAGCACUCAAACAUCUCUCUUCCCAAGGCCCGCGAGCUGAAGCAACAGUACGCUGAGGAGCAUUACAAGUGGCUCAUGAUGUUCUCCCGCCAGGGCCAGACCGGUGGCGCCUCGACCCUCCUCAACCCUUCCGGUGGCGUUUCCAACUUGAACCGUAGUGCCAUCGGCGGUAUGGGCCCCCAUGGACAUCAUGGCGCGCAAGACUCAACCGCCGACAUCAAGCCGAAGCUCAUCAAGCGCCUGGCGCAGAACCACGAGAUCCUCACCCUGCGCGACAAGGAGGGGAAUGAGGCCAAGGCCAAGCGCGUCUGCCAGCAGAAGGUUGUCGAACACCGUCUCAACAUGGAGAUCCUCGACGCCGAAUUUCAAAUGGACUGGAAAAAGCUUACUUUCUACUACUUCGCGGACUCGUACAUCAAUUUUAACUCCCUGGUCACCGACCUGUUCAAAAUUUAUAAGACCAGAAUCUGGAUGUCGGCCAUUAACCCUGCGUCGUUUGUGACCCCCCCAACAGCCGGCCUGCUUUCGGGCGGUGGUCCUCACAGCCCGCUGGGAUACAAUCAGGACGUUGCGCCUACCGACCGACGGACCCAGCGCCAUGACUCCCGGUCCUACGGCGGUGCCGUCCGCGAGUCGUUCGAUGCCGGUCGCGACGGUCGCGGUGAUCAUCCCUCGAUGGGACUCGGCGGCCGCGGCGUGUACCCCGAUUCCUCCUCCUACGCCUCUUUCCACCAGCCUGUUGCUCGUCAGCACGACCUGGGGGCAUUGGGCGGAUUCCCGUCCCCCAUGCACCAGGCUCAACCUGACCCUUUCUCUGCAUACUCGUCCGCCGCCUACGGCAAUCUGGACUCCGGAUAUCUCGACUACGCGGACCACGGAGCCGGCGCGCCGCGCGUGCACCCAACUCAGAGCGACUAUGUCAACCGCUUCCAAGGCCUCUCGCUCGGCUCCUGA